AUGUCGCUUAGCCUCACAUUGCAAGAUAUUCAACUGUGCGCCCAAAUCACAAAGAAGAUCAAGCAUUUACAGAUCGAUAUUAGUCAAUUAGCUAUCGCAAAAACCGGUCAGUCAAGUCUAACUAUUAUACAUUUCUUUAACAAAAGAAUGGUUCUAACAUACGCAGAGUUACAAUUGGAUGAAGCCUUGGAAUUGCUUUCCGCACCUGACCCGUCGAUUAAUCAUAGAACGGCAUAUGAACUAUAUGAGCCAACUACCUGCGCGUGGCUCGUGAACUCCGAACGCUUCAACUACUGGCUCAACUCACCUUCUAUUCUCUUACUCUCUGGAAUCCCCGAGUGCGGUAAAACUAUCCUCUGUUCUGCAGCAAUUGAACGUGUAAGGUCCUACGUGAUCGGAAAAUCGGGCGUUGGGCUUGUGUAUUUUUAUUUUUAUUUUCACGAGGAGCAAAAACAAAGCGUGGAAGGACUUCUGCUUUCGUUCAUCAUUCAGUUGGCGUAUCAACAAGAGAAGCUCACUGUUCAGUUUAGAUCGCUUUGUGACGAUUUCAAAGAGCGCCGGGGCAGGUUGCGUGGAGAGAAAUUGUUGAACGCUCUUCAUGCAACCAUCGAGCAAUUUAGCAGAGUGUAUCUGAUCCUAGAUGCAUUAGACGAAUGUGGUGAACAGCAAGAGGUUAUGAGCUUGAUUGCUGAUUUUUUUCGCUCUCACGCAGGAUUUAGUAUACUGGCCACAAGUCGUGACACUACGGAGAUCAGUCGUUCCGCUCUAGGAAAGGUUUCAACGAAUGUCAUCUACAUAUCACUCGACGAUGUGAAUAUGGAUAUUCGGACCUAUGUGGUCAACUCUUUAUCGAGGGAUCCCAAGUUGCGAGAGCGGCCGAGUCAUUGUCUGAGAUCCUGCCUUACCCUCACCAGUGUUAGAGAAACUUUGCGAUCGAUGCCAAAAACGUUGGCGAAGACUUACGAUAUGAUACUUGCGAGAAUAGAUACGCAUUUCCAGAAACCAGCGUACGAGGUGCUUCAGUGGUUGGCCUAUAGUGUGCGACCUCUCCGACUAGCUGAAAUUACAGAGACACUGAUUAUCAAGCCUGGUGCCAUAGCUCUGUCUGAGGAAGACAAGCUGUUUUCUGAAUUUGAUAUUCUCACUAUUGGCUCCAGUCUUAUUCGGAUAUCUAACGGUGAUGAAGUGCGGCUUGCACACUACUCUGUUAAAGAGUAUUUGAUGUCUAGUCGGCUCAAAUCAACGACUUUGUCCCCCUUCCAUAUAGCGGAACUACCGGCAAAUCAAUACCUGGCUCAUGCAUGUGUCACUUAUCUACUCAUGUUGAAUCGGCCUGAAUGUCUUUCGCUGGAAUCAUUUGCGAAGCUCCCCCUUCUCAACUACGCUGCAACACACUGGCAAGACGCAAAUAUUGCUUUCCAGGCAGGCUACCGGGAAAAAUCAACAAAAAAUUUACUUUGUGACAUCUUGCGGCUCAUGGAUCAAAGUCAAGGCUCGGCUUAUCUUAACUGGCGCCGCGUCUCCGAUCCGGAUGACUGGAAUCGGUGCGACCUAUCAAAAAGAGCGCAAGAUGUCCCCAAGAGCCUCUAUUACGUGUCUUUCCUUGGUCUAUACAUUGUCACAGAAGCACUCAUAAACCGAAGAGUUGAUGUCAAUGCACGAGGAGCCGCGUUCCAAAAUCACUAUCAAAUUGUCUGUUUACUCUUACAGAACGGCGCUGAGAUUAAGCUCAAUGAAGGCCUUCAUUAUUCGGCCCUGAAUGUAGCCACCGUGAACGGAGGUGAAGCUAGCUUCCGUAUUCUGUUGGAUUUAUGCUUCGCAGGAAGAUGCAAUGACUCUAAGAUUGUUGGCAGUAGCCUGGUUGCGGCGGCCGCCUCGGGGAACGUGGACAUUGUGGCGUUACUUUUAGACCAUGGUGCAGACGUCAAUUUCCGAGGAAAAAUUUAUAUCCUUGCUGGCAGUCCAAUCGCUGCUGCCUCAUUUCAAGGCCACAAGGAUGUUGUACAGCUAUUGAUAGCUUGGGGGGCAGACGUCAAUGCGAAAGGGGGCCGCUACGGCAAUCCAUUGCAAACUGCAUCACGGGCAGGUUUUGAUUCAAUUGUGGAGCUUUUUUUAGAUUAUGGCGCUGAUGUUAAUGCCCAAGGGGGCGUUUAUAAAACAGCGCUCCAAGCUGCCUCAGCCGGCGGCCAUCAAAGCACAGUCACACUGCUCCUGGAGAGAGAUGCGAAUGACAUGCGCUAA